CUGCACUUCAUUCUCACGUCGCUACUACACUAGUGUGCAUCGCAGGAUAAUUGAAAAGAGGUAAAAAAAAAUAUUUCGACAAAGAAGAGAUAUCACACACUAUUCUGCUGUUGUGAUCUAUUCAUCUUUUCAAGAGGAAUUGAAUCUAAAUCCUAGCCAUGGGAUCUAAAGUCAGCGUAGAGGAUCACAACGAGGCAGUCUUUAGAAGUUUAAAACCUGGGGACAUCGUCAAGUUUGACCGUGGAUGGUACAGCCACUACGCUCUCUAUAUAGGUAAAAGAAAAGUGAUCCACCUGACAGCUCCAGACAACGGUCACGGCAUCUCCAGCAACAUCCGGUCACGUCACGUGGCAUCAGUGGCCAGUGUUCCAGUGGACAAGGCUGAGGUCAGGGAAGAAGAUUUUUUCUUUGUGGCAGGCCACGACAGGGCUUACAAGGCCAACAAAGAUGAGUGGCCGAGUUUUGAUGAGAAAGAGGUGUUGAGGAAAGCCAAAUCGAUGCUCGGUGAGACUGAUUAUCAUCUGCUGACCAACAACUGUGAGCACUUUGUCAAAGAUCUCAAGUACGGCAGGAAGGAAAGCGAUCAGUGAGUGGCCCAGUUUUGAUCUUAAGACAGUUCUGAGAAAAGCUAAGCAGAGUCUAGGAGAAACAGAAUAUAAUAUACUCACAUAUAAUUGUGAACAUUUUGUUAAUGAGCUGAAGUAUGGAAAAAAACAAAGUGAUCAGGUAAACGCAGGUUUCACGAUGAUGACUUUCUGUUCCUCAGGUAAACGCUGGUUUCACGGUAAUGACUUUCUGUUCCUCAGGUAAACGCAGGUCUCGGUUUGACGGGCGGGCUAUUGGCAACAUUGGCUGCUGUUGGUGCUGCUGUUGUCGCUGGUGUGAUGGUGUAUAACAGGCAAUCAAGAAACAGUGACUAAAAUAACAGGCAAUAUAAUAACAGACAAUUAGCAAAUACUAAACAACAUAUAUACAUUUUCUACUUACGGUGUGUAAUUGUUCUGACUCGAUUCUGUUUAGAAAAGAAGAGAAUCUCGUAGAAAAAAGAAUUGCGCACCAAGCGAACGGCAAACUAAAUGUGUAUAAUGGUGCGGAAUAUUAUUAGUACUUUAUAAAUUCACAUGCGUUUUUUUGUGAUAUUGGAAAUAGCGUAAAUUACUACUUCUGUUCAACGGAAAUUACUCAAAAUUUGAUAGAAGGUAGAGAAUUAGAUGUUUUACUUACAUGUGAAAUUUCAUUAUCUAUCUAAAAUAGUACUCAAGUUAUAGGCUUUUGAAAAAUUCAAAGUAAAAAAAGUACCACUUCCGGUUAUCGGAAAUCGCUCAAAAGUUGAAACGGAUCUACGAAUUGUUGAUAUAAUACUUAUAGAUGAAAUUUCAUCAGCCUAGCUGUAACGGUACUCAAGUUAUCGUGUUUACAGACACACACAAACUCACACACAUAUACACACACACAGACAUACGGACAAGAAUGCAAAACUAUGUAUUUCCAACUAUGGGAGGUGUAAAAUGUCGAGAUUGCAAAAAUCUCGAUUAUUUUUUUGCACGAUUACAAGACUUCGUAUAUACGAGAAAGUAAAAAUUGAAAUAUUUUACUUUAAACGUAAAAUAAGAUAAUUUACAUAUUUCCCAUCCAUGUUUUUAGCGUAAUUUUCAUUCUGGAGAAUUGCGUUUAUUAACCCGUCUUUUCUGGAUGGAUGAAUGGAUGGAUGAGUGUAUGAAUGUGUGUCCGCAGCUUUAAGUCGUAUCUCCUCCUCAACGAAGCAAUAUCGAGGACUAGUUCCAAAAGCAAUUAUGUUAAGCAAGUUACGAGGAUGAACAUAGGCCAUAAAAAUUCCGAGUUUCUUUCAUGGAUUUCCCGGAAAAGCCAAAAAACCUCGAAAAAAAUUCAGUUUUUGGCCCAUAUCUCGGCAACCAGGCCACUUAUCGACUUGAAACAUGUACCAAUCGAUUCCUGCCAUAAUUUAGAACAAUCUUGCCUAAGAAAGUUUUCACAAAUAUCCUUUCGUUCGGUCACAAACUUUUUUUUUAAUUAAUUAAAAUUUGGACCGAAUUAGUAGGCAUUUUUAUCCAACCACACCACACGCGUCAUCACGUUCAAUAGCUGCGCCAUCACGUUCAAUGGCUGCGUCAUCACGUUCAGUAGCUAAGCGCAAAGGUUUUUAGUCAUGCAACUCUAUUGUAAAUAAAACAUGUAUUUUAACCAAUGGUUUUACUAACCCUGCUCUUGAUUUACGCUACGACAGAGCUAUUUUUAGAUAACAUAAGGAAAUUGCGCUUAAAUGUCACUAGACUUUUUAAUUAACUU